UUUUUCCUUUUCAAUAUGGCGGCUGGCUUGACAAUUUCACUUGAAUUCAGGUACAUGUUUAUUUGAUACUUUCUCGCAAAAACAACGAGACAUUUAAAUAAUUUCUUUAAAAUUUUGAAUAGUGGUGGUGCUGAACUGUUGUUUGGAAAAGUGAAGAAACAUAAUGUUGUAUUACAAGAAACGGACAAGCCUUGUAAGAUUAAUGUGAAGUUUUGUGCUUUGUAUAAACUGUUGCUAUUAUAAAAUUUAGUAGAAGUUUAGUUACUUACAUUGAACUGAUCUUUCUUUAGGGACAAUUAGGAAAUUUUUAUUCUGGAUAAAAGAUAAUUUACUCCAAGAACGACCAGAGCUGUUUAUACAAGGCGAAUCUGUGUGAGUCAGUGAGGGCAUGUUUCUUAAAAAAAUAUUUGAUUUAAUGAUUCAUUUACAUGAAAAAAAUAAUGUUAUUUUUUCAGUCGUCCUGGCAUAUUGGUGCUUAUCAAUGACUCUGACUGGGAAUUAAUGGUACUGCAGAGUUUCAUAGUUGAAUGUGAAGGUUUUUGAAUUUUGUAUGAAUCUGAGAAUGCUAUUCUGUUGACAAUUUGGUUAUUUUUCCAGGGAGAAACAGAAUAUAUUCUUGAAGAAAAUGAUAAAGUUGUGUUUAUUUCAACUCUUCAUGGCGGAUAGUUCCUGCAAAGAAUUGAAAAGCCUGUGUCUUGUUGUUGAAAUGGUGGAAAUCAUGGAAUAUUUCUGCUAUGCAGGCGAAAUGUAAUGAGAUUUAGAAGCUGCAAAACCAAAGCCAAAUUGCCACAUAGACAUCCGUGAAAAUUUGGAUGCAGGUCCACCAUUGAAGCAGAUAGUCAUAUAAAGAGGCUGGCAGUCAAGUUCCUUCAGCGGAUAUGCAGUUUGUUUACAUUUUGAAAACACUAUGUUCAUAAAAUAUAAUGCACUUAGUUAAUAUCUAACAGUGAAUAUAGAUAAUAGAUUAGAGUUUCAAUUCAGAAAAUGUGCAGAACAAACUUGACCUCAUCUUUAAGAGACAUAGAAAUAAUAGAUAUCUAUUAUCAUAGCUAUUAUUUCUAUGGUCUAGCCACAGAUGAGGUAAAUACAGAUGUGAAUCUCACGGCAAAUUAUGUCACACCGAUUAAAUAAACUUUAAAAUUGUAUUAAUUCACUAUUUUAUUAAAUUUUGAUAAUGCAGAGAAAUAAAACUAUACAUAUUAUAGAAGU